AUGAUUGCUGUCAACAGACCGAAUGGGGUGUGCAAGCAGAGAAACACCUUCCUGCACGACGCUCUCCAGAAUGUGAUCAAUGUCUGUAAACAGGGCACGACACCCUGCAACAAUGGUCAGAACAACUGCCACCAAAGUGCCAGGCCUGUGAGAAUGACUGACUGCAGGCUCCUUAGAAGCCAGUUUCCUAACUGCCACUACAGUAAUACUUCCAUCACCAAAAACUUCAUUGUGGCCUGUGACCCACCUCGCAGGGAUGACCCUCAAGAUCCCCUGGUUCCUGUGCACUUCGAUCGGGUUAUCUAA